CACUCUUUUCAAGGAUAUGCGCUUUUGGAUAGUUGUUAUCACUGUAGCACAUAAUUUUCUGUGUCACGCUUUGUGUGCAUUGUCUAAAUGUGGUAACCUUCGUCGACUGGUUUGGAAUAUCUUUGACUAAGCUUUUAAUUCCAACUUCAAUUUUAAGUUCAUCGAAAUAUUUCUUAUUUCUAUCUCUAUUAUUAUCUUAUAAACAGGAUUCGCUUAUGCUAUCAUUUAUCUUCGAUAAUCAUACUUUUUGAAAUAUUUUGAACUACAGGUGAAGUUUCUGUAAAACAAAGUUAGCUAUAUGCAUAAAAGCUCUAUAUCUCGAAUACGUAGUGCACCAACUCAAAGACAUAGUGGAGUAAAUCUUGAUGGAUUAUCUGCAUACUCUACUUUGUCCAACUACGAUGUGCAAGGGUCCAUUGGACAAGGUCAGUUUUCAAUCGUAUGGAAAGCGUUUCACAUUCCGUCCCGUCAGACAGUUGCUAUGAAAAAAAUUAAGAUAUUUGAAAUGGUCGAUGCAAAAGCACGUCAAGAUUGUAUAAAAGAGAUAGACCUAUUGAAAAGAUUAGAUCAUCCAAAUGUCAUUCGUUAUUUGGCAUCCUUUGUGGAGAAUAAUGAAUUAAUUAUUGUUUUGGAACUUGCAGAUGCGGGUGACCUAUCUCACAUGAUUAAACAUUUUAGAAAGAAAAAACGAUUAAUUCCUGAAAAAACUAUUUGGAAGUAUUUCGUUCAGAUUAGUAGUGGAUUGGAGCAUAUGCAUUCGAAACGUAUCAUGCACCGAGAUAUCAAGCCCGCCAAUGUGUUUAUCAAUGCUAAGGGUCAGGUGAAACUAGGAGAUCUUGGAUUGGGGAGAUAUUUUAGUUCAAAGACUAUAGCAGCUCACUCCUUAGUUGGUACACCUUAUUACAUGUCACCAGAACGAAUACGUGAACAAGGUUAUGAUUUUGCAUCAGAUAUAUGGUCACUUGGAUGUUUACUUUAUGAAAUGGCAGCAUUACAAUCACCGUUUUAUGGUGACAAGAUGAAUUUAUUUCGUUUGUGCCAAAAAAUUGAACAUGGUGAUUACGCUCCACUACCUAAAGAAAUUUAUUCAGCUGAACUUCGUGAAUUAGUCACUGUAUGUAUACAAAAAGAGCCAACGAACAGACCAUCUAUUACACAUAUUUAUAAUAUAGCUAAAGGGAUGCAUGAAUUACUUAAUGGAAAGAUUUCUAUCUCACCUUCAUGUUCUCAACUUGAUUGUCGACCAUCUUCAGCCAUUACAAAAUAAUUUUUUUCAUCAUUAUUUUCCUCUACAUCGAAUAUACAAUUGAUUCAAUAUAUUGUAAAAGAUAAUUAAAUAUCAUUUCAACGAAUUAUAUUUAUUGUCUUUCAAUCUUUUCUUAAAGGCCAUAAUAAUAACAAAUUUUUUUAGAAAAAAAAGCACACAACUGAAUAUGAAAAUUUGCCUAAUUGCUGUCUAAUACAGGAAUGUACAAUUAACAAUUUAUUUUUUAAAUAUUCUCAUACUACUGAAUUCAAAAUAAUAUUGUGCUGAUUCAAAUUCGGUUUGUUUGUUUAUUUAGAAGAGACAUUUUUCUUGCCUUUUCUUUUUUGUUUUCUUUAAUUAUUUUGUAUCAAAUAGUAGUAAUUCUAGUUUUGUAUUUAAAAAAAAAGAAAAAAGAAGAAAAAGAAAAACAAACAAACAAAACAAGAACAAUAAACUAAUUUGAACAGUUUCCAUUGAUUUAUGUAUAAAUUUAUUAUUCAUUAGAAAUAGUUUGCCAUAAAUGAUCAAUUUGUUUUCAUUUAUGAAAUUACAUAUCAUUUAUCUGUUAUGUAACAAAACUCUAUAAAAGCAUUAUUUACUUCCAUUAAUUCUUUCUGUAUUGUUUUGGUCUUGGUUUGUUUUGAGAAAUUACAUAAACUGAUUGCCUCCAAUAUUAUUCCAGUAAAUUUUGUUAUAAUUAAUUAUUUAAUUAAUUUUGCUUUCAUAUUAGAUUUAGAAAAUAUAAUUUUAUUCUUUGAUUAUAAUUUAUAAACUUAAUUAGUGUUUUCUUUAUGUAAGAAAGAUUAGUUCAACGAAGAGUUCUCUUUUAGAUGAAUUCAUUUUCAAAGCUGUACAAGUGCAAAUAUAUAUAUAUGUAUACUUAUUUUUACAGGAUGAUAAUAUUACUGAUAAUAAACUUCUGUUAGAUAUGAUGACAAUAAUGUUAAAUAUACAACGUUAUUUUUAUGGAGUUUUGUUCUCUGAACUGGAUAGUUUGGUUGUGGAGAUUUCAUCGUUCUUCUGAACGACAUCAUCAGCACAAAUUUCAGAUAGAAAUGAAGUGUUCGAGUUUCUCCAUAUGCGUUUCACAGCUUGUUCUGUACACCUCGAUGUUAAUUGGUUCUUAUUGACCUUAAAUCAACAUCGAGGUGUACAGAAUAAGCUGUGAAACGCAUAUGGAGAAACUCGAACACUUCAUUUCUAUCUGAAAUUUGUGCUGAUGAUGUCGUUCAGAAGAACGAUGAAAGCUCCACAACCAAACCAUCCAGUUCAGAGAACAAAACUCCAUAAAAAUCAUCCAUCUGAGCUACAAAUCUUCUCCAUCAACUCAAAGUUAUUAAAAAUUCUCUUAAAAAAACAAAGUUUACUAAUCGUUUGAUUGUUAAUGGCAUAAGUAUUCAUCAAAAGAUAGAUAGGGAAACGGAUAGCUCAGCAUGAUAAGAUAAAUAUUGAAAUCAAGAUUAAAUGUAAUGAGAAUGAUCGUGGAAACAAAAUGAAUCAGGGGUAGAAAAUGUAAAGAGAAGAUGGAGAGUGAAGCAGGUGGCUGUAAAGAAAGAAGAGUAUAAAAAAAUAAAAAAUUAUAAGAAGAGGUUGUACCAGUCGUUUUUGAACACACAAUUCUGGCUUUUCCAGAUGUAUGGCUAAUGCUUCGGCAAUGCAAAUGAGAUGCAGUCUAAUUGUUUUUGGGAGAUUUCUGCUUACCUUGUAGAUGACUUUGAACGCAGAGUCUAUCUUGAUUGAGUGACUAGUGUUCACAAGGUGUUCAAUUACUGAGCUUCUUAUUGAGCCGCUUCCUACUCUUUUUAGCCAUACCGGACAAUGUUCUUGAAUUCUUUUGGAUAAAGUAUACAUCGAACGACCUAUAUACCUAGCUCCACAUGAG